AUGGCUCUCAAUGCAGGGCCCCAGGAAGUCCUGGAGUCGAAAACGGACGUCCUCAUUAUUGGCGCAGGGCCAGCUGGUCUCAUGGCUGCGUGGUGGAUGGCUCGCUGCGACAUCAACGUGCGCAUAAUCGACAAACGUGGUACCAAGGUGAUCAAUGGCCAUGCUGACGGGCUGAGAGCGAGAACCGAGGAGAUACUUGAUAGUAUGGGCCAUGGCCUGCAGGAAAAAGUUACCAGAGAGGGCUAUAUUUUCGAAAGCCUCAAAACAUGGAUUCCAGAUGAAAAAGGAGGAAUCUUUCGGAAUUCUGUUGACAAGUUAAUGCAAGACCACAUUAACGAUUUACCUUCUCCAUUCCUGAAUGUUACCAUAACCCAAGGACGUAUCGAGCGCUUCCUGGUUGACGCAAUUGGUGAACUUUCCCAUUGGAAGUUGGAUGUUGAGCGAGGCGUCACUGCUGAUUCUCUAGUCUACGAUCCUAACUUGGAAAGCGACCAUGGUGCGUAUCCAAUCACGGUGACGUUGCGAACUCUUUCGGACGAUGAGGCGAACCCGAAGCCGGCAAAUGGUGCCUUUGGUGGUCGCGAUGUUCUGGCCAAGAGCAACCUACCACCGGAUGAAUGGAACCAUGGUGAUGGACGGAGGCAGAAGUCCGGUACCCUCGAGGUACUCAAGGCUCGAUAUUUGAUUGGGUCCGAUGGUGCACAUAGCUGGCUCAGGGAUCAAUUGGAUUAUCGAACCGAAGGCUCUCGAACUGAUUCCAUCUGGGGGGUAAUGGAUAUUGUGCCUAUAACCGACUUUCCAGACAUCCGAUACCCCUGCUUCAUUAAGGGCACACAAGGAACGCUGAUGCUCGUCCCGCGGGAGCGCAACAUGACGCGGGUCUAUGUUCCCUUCAGCGAACAGUCUUCGGGUGAUCGAUUUAACCGCGCAUCGAUCACACUUGAGCAGAUUGUUUCGAAGGCUAAGAAAUUCUUUGCACCCUACAAACUCGACUUUACGGUUUGCGAGUGGUGGAGUGUGUACCAGGUUAGCCAGCGAGUAGCGGAGCGCAGUCAACAUCCGGGCAACCGCAUAUUUCUCACUGGUGAUGCUGUACAUAUGCAUUCCCCCAAGGUCGGACUAGGCAUGAAUACGAGUAUUCAGGACGGGUUCAACCUUGGUUGGAAAGUUGCGUUGGCAGUCGCCGGGAUCGUUCGUGAUGAAAAUGCACUGCUCGCUACGUAUGAGGGCGAGCGACUCCCUGUGGCUCAGAAGCUCGUCGCCUUCGACCGCACGCUUUUCAUUGACAAUGGAAAUCUGGAUCCCAAGGAGUUCCAAAAACGCCAUACCGAAUUUCGGGAAUUCUCAGAUGGCCGAAAGCUUAUGUAUGCACAGAGCAUUCUGGUCUCUAAGCAAACAAGCACACAGUCUGUUGCGACUGGACUGAUUGUGGGCGAGUCUUUCAAGCACGCUCGGGUCUUGGGGCAUGCAAAUUCGCAGCUAUACUGGACGACAAAACUUUUUGAGAGCGAUAGCCGAUUCAGGAUUGUCCUCAUGGCCGGGGACGUAAGUGUGCCGCAUCAAAUGGAGAGAGUCAAGAGGUUCUGUGAAAGACUGGAAGCCGAAAAUGAGGAUGAGAGCGGAAGAAAAACGUCGCUUCUCUAUACCCGCUAUCGGUAUCCUUUUACCGUGUCUUCGGAUACUCAAGAUGUCUGUUCCCCUAUCCUACAACACCCUGCUAUCUCGUACCUGCAUCAACGAUGCCUCACGUCUAUGGUGUCCCUCCUAGCGAUUCACAGCACCGUGGAUGCCUCCGAGUCUAUCUCUCCUUUCGAAUUUCCAGCAGCCCUACGUGGGCCUUUCGACCCAAGCUACCAUGGAUGGGACUUCUCGCGUAUCUUCGUUGAUGCACCAGUCCAUUAUGACCGCUACUGUGACGGUCGAGCAUAUACAAGGUGGGGGAUUGACCGUACAAGAGGGGCUGUAGUCGUUGUCAGACCUGAUAUGCAUGUGGGAUGGGUUGGUGAAUUAGAGGACCACGCUCUCGAGGCGUUUUUUGCGAAUCUACUUAAGUAG